AUGCGAUUGGUCAAGCUGCUAAGCCGGGGUGAGGGCAUUCGUACACUUUUGUGGACAUUUGUCAAAUCAUUUCAAGCACUCCCGUAUGUGGCUCUGUUGAUUUUGAUGCUGUUCUUCAUCUACGCUGUGAUCGGCAUGCAAAUGUUUGGCAAAAUAGCUCUCAACAAUCCCGACAGCGCGAUCACCGUAAAUGCGAAUUUUCAGACUUUUCCCCAGGCUGUCUUAAUUCUCUUCCGCUCAGCAACCGGUGAAGCCUGGCAGGACAUAAUGUUCAGUUGUGCUGGCGGUAGGUUAUACUUUUCUUAA